AUGGCCCUCACUCCGCCCUCUCUGACCAGGUCACCUUCAACCCCCUCGCACAGUUACUGUCCUUCCGAAAGGUCAUCAGUUGGUUAUCCCUCGCCCGGCCUGGUGGAACAGCAAUACAAGAUCUCGUCCAUCUAUGGUGACCAAUCCUGUUCCGUAACUUCGUCUAUGGACCCGGGGUCAUCACUACCACCACUUGAAUCAAUGGGUCAGCCCGACUGGAACAGCACCGUCAUUCUCCCUGCCUCCUCCGCCACCGGUAUGCCUAGCAUCCUUGCCGCAGCGUACGAGUCGUAUGGGAGCUAUCCUUAUAGCCACGAUGUUUAUCACUCGCAUCACAGCGGCCAUCCUCUUUCAACAUCUACGCCGCCGCCUUCCGGCCCGUCAUCCCGAUCUCCAAUUCCACCUGCAUCAAGGACGUCACUUCCCUACCUUUCAAACGCAUCGAUGGGUGGAUCUCUAACACCGCGGGUCAAGAUGGAGACAGAGUACGGGUCAAGCAUGGAAGUCUCUCAAUACCCAUCGCCUCGUUCGAUGCACACUUCCUACCCUUCAGACAGCGGCGCCUACACACACAACACAACUGGUUAUCUCUCAGACGGAGGAUCAUCGGGAUGGCAAAAGUCAGACUACCCGCCUCUCGAAACCGGAUUUUACCCAGGCCCUGGAGCCGCGCAAACAUCAGCUUUCCUCCAAAACGGACAACGAUCCUACCGAGUUCCCCGUCCCAAGAGACAACAACGGCGCUUGACGACGAAAGAGGAAGCCAACUUUCAGUGCGAGGUCAAGGGAUGUGGGAAACUAUUCAGCCGAAGCUACAAUUACAAGGCGCACCUGGAGACACACGAGCCAAACCGGGAUUAUCCCUUCCCCUGCCAGGAAGCCGGUUGCACCAAGAAGUUUGUUCGCAAAACCGAUCUCCAGAGACAUCAUCAGAGUGUGCACUUGAAGGAGCGCAGCCACAAGUGCGAUUACUGCGGCCGUCUGUUUGCCAGGAAAGAUACUCUGCGAAGGCACAUGGAAGAUGGUUGCUCCAAACGCUUCGACAUCGGCACCAUGGAUCUCCGACCAGAGACCUACGACAGCUUCGCACGACCUUCUUCCUCUGGCCCCAUGAGUCAGCACUACACCCUCUCGUCAUCGACCAACAACAUCGAUAGCCUUCCACCCAUGGCUAUCCCAUCCCUAGGCAGCAGUGGCAUCCUCUCGUCGCUGUCGUCUUCUAUGAGGGCUGGUGGUGGCCAGGGUCAUUCUUGGGGGAGGUGA